AUGGCCUCUUGUGUCCAUACUGGUGCUACGGAUCUGAAUCCACCAGUAUCCUCCCAGGCUGUCUAUCGAGAAGAUUGCACUCAGUGCUUUGAUUCUAUUGACGAUGUUGCUGGUCUAAAUGUCUGUCUCCAUUGCUUCAAUGGUGGAUGUGCUGGAAAUAGAGAUCACGCCCUACUUCAUUACAAGAGAUUUGGCCAUUCAUUGGCUUUGAACAUCCGAAGGACCCCCAAACAAGUGCAGCGCGACGAGCCUCCGCCGAAGAUUUCAAAGCUAUCCAUCGCAGCCGAAACAGAAGAGGAUAGAUAUGACAUUGCUACGUCAGUGGUGUGCUAUUCGUGCUCUCAUGACAAUGUGGACAAAGCCAGUGGCAAGCUUCCUGCUGUCAUUGAAGGUGUUAUGACUGCAAUGACUUUCUCAACAAGAGAAGAGGUCAAAGCCUGGGAGCAAGAGUUUGUCCCUUGCGAGCAUACCCUCUGUCUGGUUCAACAGGACAAAACGCAAGCCGUGCUAACGGGUACUGAUUCCCUGCAACACUCAACUGGGGCCGGUGCUAAUGAAAUUGCAAAUUCAAAUCAUUGCUCAGAGUGUGAUUUGGGCGAGAACCUGUGGCUGUGUUUAGAAUGUGGGAACAAGGGUUGUGGGCGAAGUCAAUUCGGUGGAACCAAGGGAAACUCACAUGGGCUCACUCAUGCAGACUCAACAUCACAUGCUGUGGCUGUUAAGCUCGGCUCCAUUACAGCAGAAGGUUCCGCUGACGUCUACUGCUAUAAGUGCAACGAAGAGAGAGUAGACCCAGAACUGGCGACCCACCUUGCACACUGGGGAAUCUACUUAGCUGGACGUGAGAAGACAGAGAAGAGUCUGAUGGAGAUGCAGGUUGAGCACAAUCUAAAAUGGGAAUUUUCCAUGACAACCGAAGAUGGCCGGGAGCUGGCUCCAGUCUUUGGGCCUGCAUUUACAGGCCUAGCGAAUCUUGGAAACAGCUGCUAUCUCUCCAGUAUCAUGCAAUGCAUAUUUUCUGUGGCUGGAUUUCGUGAGCGAUACUAUCAGCUGUCAGAGGAACCACCACUCUGCCAAGCACCAGCACAGGACCUUGAAACACAAUUACGAAAGCUUGCCGACGGUUUACUCUCAGGCCGGUACUCUCAACCUGACUCUCGCGUUAUGUUGUCCGCAGACAUCCCAGAAGUCGCCCAUCAGAAAGGUUUAGCACCAGCAAUGUUCAAGUAUCUUAUUGGGCAAGGUCAUGAGGAGUUCGCAACCAUGCGACAGCAAGAUGCAUUUGAGUUCCUUCUUCAUCUAUUCAAGUCUGUCAGUCUAUCGAAACACACCAGUCCGCAGAUUAACCCGGUACAGGACUUUCGCUUCCAGGUUGAGCAGCGUCUUCAGUGUUUGCAUUGCAAAAAGGUCCGCUAUAAAGUGGAUGAGCAAGAUAACAUUUCGGUUGCUGUUCCCGCACGUCCUGCUACCACUUCCGACGAAACAGGAAGGCAAUACGAACCCGUGAAUCUAUCAGAGUGUCUAGACAUCUUUACUUCGGCAGAGGUCGUCGAGCUUACAUGCCCUGCUUGUGGUAGCCAGGAUGGCUUUUCGAAACAGUCGUCUUUCAAAACAUUGCCUCGGGAAUUGGUGGUCAAUGCUCGUCGGUUUGAGCUCGUCAACUGGGUUCCUACAAAGUUGGAUAUCCCUGUGCUGGUCGACGAUAAGCCACUGGAUUUCAGCUCCUACCUUGCUGGUGAGCAUGAUACAGAUGAGGAGCAACUUCCAGAUAUUGAAGAAUCCACCGCAUUUGUCCCGAAUCCGGAAGCGCUCGAACAACUAAUGGGCAUGGGGUUCCCUGCUGUGAGGUGUGAGAAAGCUCUGCAUGCCACUGGUAACCUGGAUCCGGAAACUGCCAUGAAUUGGCUGUUUGCCCACAUGGAAGAUCCAGGCAUCGAUGAACCACUGGCCCUUGAUCAAGUCGGCACCUCUGGUUCUACUGAGCAAGACGCGACAAAAAUUGCCCAACUAGGAGAUAUGGGUAUUGAGGCAUCUCGUGCCCAGCGAGCAUUGGCGGCGACCGACGGGGACGUUAACAGGGCACUUGAUUGGGUUUUCACUCACCCGGAUGAUGUAGUGGAAAAGGAAGAGCCAAGUGUCGGCGACCACAACGCACAGUCUCAUAGUGGCUCAGUUGGGCUCACCGGCUUACCUGCUCGCUAUGAAUUAAGGUCAAUUGUAUGCCACAAAGGCACAUCUGUUCACGCAGGGCAUUAUGUUGCCGUGAUUCGCAAAACAUUGUCGGGUCAAAGUGGCCUGUCAUGGGUGAUGUUCAAUGAUGAAAAGGUUGUCAAGUUCGAAGAUGUUGAAGCGAUGAAGAAAACCGCAUAUCUUUAUUUCUUCACACGGGUCUAG